AUGAAGAUCUCUUGUGUAGCAAUUGUACUCUUGUUGGUAACUUUUGCAGGAUGCAUUCAAGGACAGCGUGCAAGGACUCCAUAUCGUAACCGUGGUGUUGGUUUCUUCCCGCCCAAUAGGACGCCAAUUGUCAACACUAACCUGUUUUUGCCCUCUUCUCGAAAAAGCAGCCAAGCCUUGGAAGCCAGCUUCUUUUUCGAUGGUGCACUCAACUUCGCCAUGGAUCUCAGCCUGGGAACUCCGCCCCAGCCGCUCAACUUCACUCUCGCGGUGGACUCCGGGUUUUCUUGGGUGGCAUGCUCCUCGUCCUGUGCAAUCAAUUGCACCACCGCAUCUCUCUUCCAGCCAGGUUUGUCAACUUCUCACACCAAGCUUCCGUGCGGUUCUCCAUCGUGCUCGGCAUUCAGUGCUGUUUCUACGAGCUGUGGACCAUCCUCCUCUUGCUCGUACAACACAUCGUACGGCACUAACUUCUCGUCGGCUGGUGACUUGGUCAGCGACAUUGCAACAAUGGAUUCCGUACGAAACCGAAAAGUGGCGGCUAACUUGUCCUUGGGUUGUGGCCGCGACAGUGGGGGGCUGCUCGAACUCCUCGAUACGUCUGGUUUCGUGGGUUUUGACAAGGGUAACGUGUCAUUCAUGGGGCAAUUGAGCGCGUUGGGGUACAGGAGCAAGUUUAUCUACUGUUUGCCCUCGGAUACUUUCCGUGGAAAGCUUGUAAUCGGGAACUACAAGCUCAGGAACGCCUCCAUUUCUUCGUCCAUGGCCUACACCCCCAUGAUCACAAACCCACAAGCGGCCGAGCUAUACUUCAUCAACUUAUCGACCAUUUCUAUCGACAAGAACAAGUUUCAAGUUCCAAUUCAGGGAUUUCUUUCCAAUGGAACCGGUGGAACAGUGAUUGACACCACCACCUUUUUGAGCUACUUGACGUCGGAUUUCUACACUCAGCUGGUACAAGCAAUAAAAAACUACACCACCAAUCUGGUGGAAGUGUCAAGCAGCGUCGCAGACGCUCUUGGCGUGGAGCUUUGCUACAACAUCUCGGCAAACAGCGACUUUCCUCCACCGGCAACCCUCACUUACCACUUUUUGGGCGGUGCUGGAGUCGAAGUGUCAACAUGGUUUUUGCUUGAUGAUUCAGACAGCGUGAACAAUACCAUUUGCAUGGCAAUUGGGAGGUCUGAGAGUGUUGGACCGAACCUGAAUGUCAUAGGGACGUACCAGCAGCUCGACUUGACGGUGGAAUAUGACUUGGAGCAAAUGAGGUAUGGAUUUGGAGCUCAAGGUUGUAACACCACCAUGGUGGUGGAUGUCAAUACUUCCUCAGCAGAGUUUUCCAAGAAACCACUCUGGCUGAUGUUAUUGCUUGUGUUGCUCACAGUCUAAAAAGUGGUUUCCCAAGCAAACAAGUGAA